AUGGGUAGUUUUGGUUCGGUCUACAAAGGAAUUCUUGAUCAUAGUGAAAAAGUUGUUGCAGUGAAGGUACUAAACCUUCAAUUCCGUGGAGCUUCCAAGAGUUUCGUUGCUGAGUGUGAGGCCUUGAGGCGCAUCAGACAUCGAAAUCUUGUCAAGGUUUUCACAGCAUGUUCAAGUGUUGACUAUAAUGGUAAUGAUUUCAAAGCUUUGGUUUAUGAUUUCAUGGUCAAUGGUAGCCUAGAGGAUUGGUUACAUGCAAAUGAAAAUGAAGAUGAGGUGCAUGUCAAAUCAAGAAAUUUAAACAUCCUACAAAGGUUAAAUAUUGCCGUUGAUGUUGCUUCUGCACUUGAUUAUCUUCACCACCAUUGCUCGGAACCAAUAGUUCACUGUGAUUUGAAGCCGAGCAAUGUUCUUCUGAAUGAUGAAAUGAUUGGACAUGUAGGUGAUUUUGGGUUAGUUAGAUUCCUUCCAGAAGGCACCUAUAAUUCUUCUGCAACUCAAUCAAGUUCCAUUGGCUUAAGAGGGUCUGUUGGUUAUGCUGCUCCAGAGCAUGGUAUGGGAAAUGAGGUGACAACAUUUGGUGAUGUAUAUAGUUAUGGUAUCCUCUUAUUGGAAAUGUUUACGAGGAAGAGACCUACUGAUAACAUUUUUAAUGAUAGUUUGAGUCUUCAUAACUUUGCUAAGAUGGCUUUACCUGAACAAGUAGCGAGCGUUGUUGAUCCAACACUAAUUCAACAAAGAGAAAUUGAGGAGGCAAGCUCAAGCACCAAAAACACUCGAAAUCAGAGCUCUACUGGCAGUCAUAAAAUUUAUGAGUGCUUGAUUUCAAUACUUAAUAUUGGAAUUGCAUGUUCACAAGAACUACCAAGAGAUAGACCAACCAUUAAUCAUGUUGUUACUCAGUUGCUUGUGAUCAAGAACAACUUUCUUGGAACUGAUGGAGUUCAUGGAGGAAGAAGAGCUAGAAUUACAGUGUGA